AUGGAGAAUAAAGCCAAAGACCUGUGCCCGAGACUUAUCGAUUUUCUGGUCAUAGUUGGAAGAAAACAUCGUGCUAAAGCCGAUCUUCAACCAGGUCUUAACGACUCUUCUUCUUCAAUUUCAUAUGCUAAUCCUGAAAUACUUCGCCGAUAUCCAGUCGAUGAUCAUAAGGAUUUUAAACUCCCAGCCGACGUAACCUUCUUUUGCCAACCAGAAGGAUGCUCUGAAACAACAAAUUUUGUUUUUACACUAACCGAAAAGGAUUCUGGGAAAGUGCGGUACGGAGUAUGUCUGAACUUUUACCAAAGCUUUGAAACACACAAACCAACUACUUCAAAAAAACAGAAGCGUUCACAAGGGGCGUCGCUAACAAGUCUAUGUCUUAUCAGUCACCAUACUUUCCUAUCGUCGUUUCGAGAACUUCUAACAUUGUUAAAAAAACUCAUUGACAGCUGUUGCCAUCGCAUAUCAAAUUCUUUGUGGGCUGUCUUGACUGGUCAUUGGACAGGCAGUAUUCCCGACACCUUGAUGCAGGAGGUUCGCGAAAUCGAAACAUGGAUUCUGAUGCUGCUAAGUGCUCCAGUACCUGUUCCAGGAAAAACAAAGGUGCAGUUAGAGGUGAUGCCCACAAGUUUGAUGCCCAUAUUAGAGUUUACGAUGCCAGACCACACGCGAUUUUUCCUGGUAGAUUUUCCAUUGCACAUUCUCUUUGAACUCUUGGGGGUCAAGGAUGCAAUCAGAAUCAUAUCUGCUGUGAUGCUCGAGUAUAAAGUGAUACUGCAGUCGCGUAAUUUUAACGCAGUAAGUUUGUGCGUCCUUGCGAUUGUUGCUUUGCUUUAUCCUCUAGAAUAUAUGUUUCCCGUUAUUCCUCUCCUCCCAUCAUGCAUGCCAUCAGCUGAACAGCUUCUAAUGGCGCCAACUCCCUUCUUAAUCGGAGUGCCCUCAUCAUUUUUUGUUUUCAAAGAUAUAUCAGCUAUUCCUAAUGAUAUAAUUGUUGCUGAUCUCGAUAAAAAUACAGUCACUAUCCCUGAGGAUUUGGAAAUUCCUGAAAUACCUGAGCCAGAGCUCAGUACUCUGAUGGUAAACGAUAUACAAUCUGCGCUUGGGAAAAUGACGUCAAGUGGUGUUACGGAACAUUCAGUAGAAUCUAGUUACGUAAUGGACAGCGACGUAACUGACGUAGCGGUUAGAGUCGCCAUUAUUCGUUUUUUCAACAGUUCCAAUAUAUUUGCUAACUUCACUGAACAUACGAGGACGCUGAGGCUAUACCCGAGGCCAGUUGUGGCUUUACAGUUAGAAUCUUUCAUGCGCAGUCGGCCAACGUUUAGCCAAUUCACUCUCCACCUCUGCAAAACGCAGGCGGUCGAAUACUUUGCUGAAUGUUCUUUAUGCCCUCAUAACGAAGCAUUUGUAAGAGUUGAAACCGGAAUUGAAAACCCUGAACAAAUUGGUGAUAAAGGCAAGUGGUUCAGCGACUCUUUGAUUUUGCUUACAACUUUAACGUUUAGGUCUAGUAUAUCAUCAGGUGUUUCCACAUCUGCCGUCGACAGCGAAGGAGAUUUUGCCCGUCUUGUGGAAAACUUGGCUCUGAAAUCCGACGCAAAAGUAGACAAUGUUUUUUUUGUUUUAACUGACACCACUGUUUGUGUACAAUUCUUGCUUCCUUUUCAUUUCCAUUUCAGGGUGAAUUAUCAUUUGACCAUUCUGACGAUGUCGGGAGAGAAAGUCUUCGGUCCUCAAAUUAUGAAUGCAAUUAAUGGUUAUGCUGAGAAGAGUCAAGAUGUAUUUAAUCAAGUACUAAAUCGCACAGCACCGAAGGCGCAAGCCUUACCUGCCAACCGUGUUGAGCAAAGCCAACAUAUCAUAAAGUCUAGAGCAAGUGUGUUGAGCGAAGAUGCAGCAACACAGCAAAGUAAAAAUCAACAGUCAGUUAGAGAAAUAUGUGAACAAGUUCUAAAUGGGCAAGGUAUUGGAGUAUUUACCUAUCCAAAGGUUCGUCGCCUCAUGGAAGAUGAAAAUUUAAGGGAGCUGGCAUGCUCCAAACUUAAUUUAGGUCUAGAUGCGAAGCAUUCUGAAGAAGACUUUAAGUUGAGCAAGGGGCAGUACAAAGGAUAUGUAAAGGUUCUUCAAGCUUGCACGCUUGGCAUUGCUGAUUCUUUCACAACACCUGGUUCUAACGGCCUUGCCUCUAUGUUCCACGUUCUUGAAAUUAUUCACACACAUUAUUGGAUGAAAGAAAAUGAGGUUUCAACACCUUCUAGCGAGAUUUCUAGCGUGGUUUGCAUUUUUUUUUUUUUUUUUGAUCUUUUAUUAAAACUGACAGCUUUUAAAAAGGUUUCUGUCGUGAAAAUUUCUAAAACAUAUUUUUAUUACAUGCAAAUACUUUUUUUAGCUACAGGUCCUCCACCACCAAUUCCCCCGCGCCCAGGUUUACUAAAAAGCAAGGCUAUAACAGAAUCUCCUAGUGUUGAACCAGCACCGUCGGAUGACAAAAAAAUUAGCACUAAUAGUGUUCAGAAUUCGCAAAAUGUGACGGUGCAAACAGCCGAUAAACCUAAAGAAACUUACCCGGUACAUCGACGUUUUUGCUCCAUUAACCAUCUAUUUUUAGUUCCAACGCAGAAUCCACUUUGGAACAAUAUGGUAUUUUGGGAAAAUAUCUUUUUUGAUGUUGUCGCUAAAGAGAGGGAUAUUGUUGGGAUGGACCAAGAACCUAGCGAAAUGAUAGAUCGGUACAGUAGUUUAUCGGACUCUGAGAAGAAACGUUUGGAACUUGAUGAAGAUCGUCUUCUUGCAACUCUAUUGCAUAAUCUUACUGCCUAUAUGGUAAUGUGCGGAGUGGAUCACAAAGUCUUAACUCAGAAAGUUCGUCGUUUGUUGGGCAAGGCACAUAUUGGUUUGGUUUACUCGAAAACUAUUAAUCAAUUGCUCGACAGUUUACCCACGACGAACGGCAACUGCGUCUCAUUAAAACCACUUGAAAGUCGCUUAGUUCAAAAGCAGUCAUUUACAGUACACGCGGGCUCUAACUCACAAAGUGAUCUUCUGUUUUUAGAGGUGUGCAAUGAUGCUGUUAUUUUGAGAGCAGUCAAUGGGAUGAUUACUGAUCGAUGGUGGUAUGAAAGGCUUGUUAAUAUGACUUACUCACCAAAAACACGUGUUCUUUGUUUAUGGCAAAGAGCAGAAGACAAAGUGCUAAUGCAUAAGUUUUACACAAAGAAGUGCAGAGAACUUUAUGGAUGUUUAAAAGCAGCGAUGGAAAGAGCUGCAGCGAGAGGUAAGGUACCACUAACCGGACGGGAUUUGGGGGGAGAAUUUCCGGUGCAAGAUGUGCAGACGAAUCAGGGUGGCCUGCUGCAAGUUCGUAUUGACGGUGUUGCUCUGCUUUUUGCUGAUCGACAGCAAUUUAUUGAAAUUGGAAACAUCAAAAAAUGUAACACCUACGGAGGGAACAUGUUUGUUCUGGAGGAGUUCGACUGCAAAAAAAACGAAUUGGUGCAAAGGCGGUUUAUGUCCCAAAUGGUAAGUUUUGCGUUUAGCCACCGCACCAUUUGUAAUCUGCACUUUUUUGUUGCUUGGAUACGCUUCUUUGAUUCGUAG